UUUAGGUGAAAGAGAAAUUGUUUGGGAGCAAUCGAGCUUUCAAUAUCUGUAAAAUACAGGACACGUUUGUUAAGCUGUUAACAGAUACAACUUUGGUUAUUUUCUUUUACCACAAGUUGAAAAGGAGAAAAUAUAAAAUGUCUCGGUGCAAUACCGGAUGCUUUGAGAAGCCUUUAGCUAGGGUUUUUGAAACACUAGGUUAUUUUGUUGGUAGACAUCCCUGGUGGUUUUUUAUUGUUCCCUUGUUCAUCUCUGCAGGUCUUGGAGGAGGAUUUUAUUUCCUUGCAGACAGAAAAGCAAACGACAUUGAAGAGAUGUUUACUCCUACAAAUGGACCUGCUAAAAACGAACGACAAGUAGUUCAAGAAUACUUUCCACAGAAUGAUAGCGCAUUCUCUCGUUUGAGACUCUAUACAGAAGGGACUUUUGCAUCUGUCAUUGUUUCGUCUACCGAAAAUAUCCUCACAGUUCCUGCUUUUACCAAAAUAUUUCAAAUAGAUGAUGAUUUUAAAAACCUUAAAGUGAAUGAAUGUUCUUUUAAAGAACUAUGUGUAAAAAAGAAUGGCAUGUGUGUGUCAAAUGCAAUUUUUCAAAUUGUGCCGAGUCCUGCUGAUGUUGUCACAACACCUAUUUCCUACCCAUAUAACGGCAGAAUUUUCAUUGCGUCUGAAAUUGGUGGUGUCGAACUGAAAACUGGAUCAACUGCAGAAAUUGGAAGAGCAAAAGCAAUUAGACUGUUUUACUUCUUGAAAGAGGAUAACCAGACUGUAAAUAAUAUAUGGCUGCAGAGGUUUAUAGAAACUGCUUCCAAGAUGCAACAGCAACAAGGAAACAUGACAAUAUCUUACUUCACAUCAAUGUCAAGGAAUGAAGAGUUUGAGAAGAGUUCUGACUCAAUUAUUCCCCUCUUCUCAUUGACCUAUACCCUGGGCAUAACGUUUUCAAUCAUAUCUUGUUUGAGACUGGACUGUGUGAGGAACAAGGUGUGGGUGGCUAGCAUCGGUGUCCUCUCUGCUGGCAUGGCGGUGUUGUCCAGUUUCGGGCUGCUGCUGUACUGUGGGAUGCCCUUCGCUAUGACAGUGGCGUCAGCUCCAUUCCUGAUUCUGGGAAUUGGUGUUGACGACAUGUUCAUCAUGAUUUCCUGCUGGCAGCAGACUCAAGUUAAGGACAGUGUAAAGGACCGCAUGGCCUCCACCUACAAACAUGCAGCGGUCUCCAUCACCAUCACAACUCUGACUGAUGCCCUGGCCUUUUAUAUCGGUCUGCUAACUCCCUUUGGUUCUGUACAAUCCUUUUGUAUGUAUACGGGCACAGCGGUCCUCUUCUGCUACUUGUACAAUAUUACAUUCUUUGGGGCAUUUCUGGCACUCAAUGGAAGACGUGAAAAGGACAAUAGGCACUGGCUGACCUGCAUGAAGGUUCCAGAACCAGAAAUAAACUGUAAAAACUACAACCUCUGUUGUGUAGGAGGGGCUUAUGAUCAGGAAACAGGAAAAGAGGAACCAAUGCCAAUUAACAACUUCUUUAAGACAUACUAUGGGCCGUUUUUGACAAGAAAUUCAACCAAGGUGUUUGUUAUCAUUCUUUAUCUUGGAUAUUUGGCCUCAAGUAUCUAUGGUUGUUUCCAGAUCAAAGAGGGCAUAGACCUUAAAAACCUAGCAGCUGAUGGCUCAUAUGUGGCUAGUUAUUAUGAUUAUGAGGACAAGUUCUUUUCAGAAUACGGCCCAAAUGUCAUGGUUAUAGUGGCUGAUAAUAAGUUUAAAUAUUGGGACGAAACAGAACGUGAGCAACUUUAUAAAUGUCUUAACAAUUUAGAAGAUCUCCAACUGGAUGGCCGACCAAUGGUUGCUAAAAAUAUGACAAUUUCUUGGCUUGAGACAUAUUUGGCAUCAGGUACAUUUCCAACACAAGCAGUAUUCAUGGAUACGUUACCUGCAUUUUUACAAGUUUCUGGUUUCUUACAAGAUGUGAAUAUUUCCAACCGAGUCAUCAUUGCCUCACGUAUGUUUAUUCAGACAGUGAACAUUAGUACAGCUGUUGAUGAAAAGAACAUGUUGAAUAAUCUCAGAAACACAGCUGAUGAUUGUCCUGUAAAUUUAGUGGUUUACCACCCUGCCUUCAUAUAUUUUGACCAGUAUGCAGUCAUCGUUAGUAACACUAUCCAGAACAUUGUUGUCGCCACUGUGGCCAUGCUGGUGAUCUCCCUCAUGUUGAUUCCCAGCCCUAUAUGCUCUCUGUGGGUGACCUUUGCCAUUGCCUCUGUCAUAGUGGGUGUGGCUGGUUUCAUGGCAUUGUGGGAUGUCAAUCUAGACUCUGUAUCCAUGAUCAAUCUUGUCAUCUGCAUCGGUUUCUCAGUGGACUUCUCUGCUCACAUAUCGUAUGCCUUUGUCUCUAGCAAUAAGGAAACUGCAAAUGAGAGGGCGAUAGAUGCUGUGUUUAAUUUGGGGUAUCCCAUCCUGCAAGGAGCUGUGUCUACUAUUUUAGGGGUGGUGGUGCUGUCUGCUGCUGCAAGCUACAUCUUCAGAACGUUCUUUAAGAUCAUGUUCCUGGUCAUUUUGUUUGGAGCUGUCCAUGGAAUAGUGUUCAUCCCUGUGUUUCUGACCCUCUUCGGAAAAGUCAGUGAUAGGGAACCAUUUGCAGUUCUGUAGUCUAAAAACGUGUCUCAAAAAAGUCACAUGUCGAUGUCCCAAUCAAUAACAAUUCCAACAGUGUUACUAGUCUCGGAGUAAGGACCGUGGAUGGUUGUACAAUGUAUAUAUGCUAACUGUUACAAACCAUGUUGAUAAUUUUUUCUCUGAAAUACUCCAGGGGAUUAACUAAUUGUUCUCAUGUUGAUGACUGCCCUUAAAACUGCAACUAUACAAGCCAAGCUUAAUGUUUUUAAAUAAACAUUAAACACACUUGUUUUUGCAGUUUUUUAUUUUAUUGAGCUUUUUGUGAAAGCAUUCUGUUUUAGUCAAAGUAGUUGUAAUUUGUAGUUGCUGUUUGACAGAUAUUAUC